AAUUCUUCCUCCUGUUCACUUGGUGGCAGCCUAGACUGUGGUGACACAUAAAGAGAGAACGAGCCGGAGCUGAGAUCACUAUAAAUUUACGUUUCCAGGUUUAGACAUUUACUCGACAGGCUGCCGAGAAGGAUAGAAGCGGAUAGUCACAUUAUUUGCUGGUUAAACCGGUCUCUGUAUAUCGGUAUUCUCGUACGUGGAUAUAGCUUGGCUGUCGUCUAGCGCUGUAGAUAGGCUGGCUGGGUGACUUCUUCACUGUGAGAACAUCGUUGUAUGAGUGGAAUCCUGCAUAGAAUCGUCUGAAUACCAAUUUAGUCAUUUCAAUCAAUGGCAUUCGCCGGAGGUACCCGGUGUAUGCCCAUGGGUGUUCGGACAUUAAGCGAGUGUUUUGAAAUUGCCACUUUUCUCCCUGGACGUUCAGGCAGCACAGAGAGAUGUACAGACCGGAUAAGGUGCUCCAUCAGGCACUUGUCUUCGUGUGGAAUCCUAAUGACUAGGACUCCAAGAAUGCUCUGCUUCCAAGAAGUGGAACUAACUCCCACUCAUCACAGGAGGAGCUUCAUUAGUCUCAGUAAUAAAAGGAAAGAAUAUUCAGAGAGGAGGAUAAUGGGAUAUUCAAUGCAUGAGAUGUAUGAUGUCGUAGCCAAUGUGGAUGACUACAAAUACUUUGUGCCGUGGUGCAAAAAGUCCCAAACCAUCAUGAGAAGGUCUGGUCAUGCCAAAGCUGAGCUUGAGGUGGGCUUCCCCCCUGUAAUUGAGCGAUACACAUCUAUGAUCAGCCAUGUCCGCCCUCACCUCGUCAAAGCAGUUUGUACUGAUGGCAAACUCUUUAAUCACCUGGAAACAAUAUGGCGUUUCAGUCCUGGUAUUCCUGGUUACCCCCGUACUUGCACAGUAGAUUUCUCUAUAUCGUUUGAGUUCCGCUCGCUGCUCCACUCCCAGCUGGCAACAGUGUUUUUUGACGAGGUAGUAAAGCAGAUGGUAGCAGCGUUUGAGCACAGAGCGAACAAACUCUAUGGACCUGAGACGCGUAUCCCACGUGAGCUCAUGUUUCAUGAGGUCAGUCAGAUGUGACACAGAUGUGUCUUGAUGCAUCAUACCUUGAACUCUCAAUAGAAUUUCAAAACCAUCCUCUACAUCUCCAAACAUUUAUCACAGUCAUGUAUUUAAGGUACCUAAAAAGGUAACUAUUCACUGCACUAUGAUGGAACAGCACAUCCCACUACCUCACAGAGUGCUUCCACUCUGCAACUCUUCUUUCUGUUUUCUUGAAGCACAGUUUUGAAUUCCUUCUCUAGACCAUUGCACACUCACCGCUUGACACAGAAAAGAAUGAACUGUGCUGAAAGGCAACUUAUGAUGGGUAUGAUAUCUGAAUGUUAGCAUUUGGAAAACUGUACACAGCUACUGCAAAAUGAAUGAGAAGCAUGAUGUCUCUAUUGUGUCUUCUGAGUUUCUGUUUUAGAUUCUUUUUGUGACCUUUUUUUUGCUUUGUUUUUGCAUGAGAUGAUUUCAUGUGCAGUUUUUAAAUUGCCUUUAUGUUGGUUUAAUUUAGCCCCAGAGUGAUGAAAUAUUUAGAGAUCUGCUGUUUGCUACCAAAUUAAUCGUAAUGGCUUACUGAAAAAAACAUUACAUAAGUCUAUCUAAUCUUAGUCAGCCUGCAAUAGGGUAUUUAUAAUGAAAACACAAAAAAAAAGUUUUUGAUUCAAAAAAAAGUUUGAUUCAUUGGCCGUAUAGUAAUACACUUGUAUUUGGGCUUAUUUAGUAUUAGCAUUCUACUUUAUAUUGUAUUGAAUUAUAUGCAUAAAUCAAAAUAACUGUGCUUAAUGAGGGUCAAGAUGAGCCUGUGGUCAAAUUUUGAUUGCAACUAAUUGUAAUCACAAGGCUGACUGUGUGUGCAUGUGCAUGUAGGUACUAUUUCUGUGUGCUACAUUUAGGCUUUCCAAUAAUUAGCAAUUACCCUACAAUUUUUUUUUUUGCAGUAAAAAAUGUACAGUGAUACUAAAUCUUGUGUUUGGCAUACUGGAUAAAACUUGCUUUUUGUGUGUGUUUACAUAUCACAGUGAUCAGUCAGUAUUUUCACCUGUGCAGUAUUAAUAUUAUACUGAACACUAAAUGCAGACACUUUAAAGCUGAACUAAUGAACAACUAAUGCUUCACUGUGCUUUCAAAUUAAUAGCAAUUUUAGUUAUCUGUGACCAUUAAACUUACUGUAUGCUUUUUAUCCAUCAUAUUAGGUACAUAUAUAAAGGCUUUAUCUGAAGAAAUAUUUGUUGUAGCCAUGUCUAGCUAUAUACAGUACAGCUGCAGUGAUGAAUCACUGUGGAGUUGAAUACAUUGAAUGAAGUGCACAAGAAAAGCUUGAAUGUAAGAAAAGAAAACUUGAAAGCAGCUGGCAUCACAUCUACACUGUUAGGUAAACUAGUUUCAUGUCCUGAUUAUUUGACAUUUCAUGACUAAGUUACUGAAUUCUAUUUGCCUAUAAAAUACUUCCAAACAACCAACAUUGUUUGUUCUUUGGCUGUUUUAAUAAUAUAACUAUUGUGCUCUGUGACAUGGACAGUGCUUUGAAAAAUGCAGUGCGAUGCCUUAUUUCCUGUUUUUGCACAUUUGUCACAGUCAUGUCAGAUCUAGUGUAUACUGUAAUAUAAAACAAGGAAAUGUGAUUAAACAGUUUCAAAAUAAAACAUUUGUUAUUGAAGGAAAA